CUACGCGGGAUUGAGUGUGAAGCCAAUUAAGAACACUGAUUUUCUCUCCUCUGUAUCUGUCACCUCGCCCAUUUUUCUCCGGUGGCUGGCUAGCUGCAUGUUGUGAAGAGAGAGAGAGAGAGAGAGAGAGAGAGAGAGAGAGGAUGAGGGGUGGUGAGUCUGGUGACGCUGAUGAUGGUUGAAGGUGGAAUUAGGAAAAAGAAAAAUGGGAACCCGCCAAACUUUUCUUCCAUGGAAAGCCGAGAUGGGUCCCCAAUACAACCCCAACUGUCGCCAAUUCUUCUUCUGCGAUCCUAAAACUCCACCAUUGUAAAGCUCUCCUCUUUUGCUUUCCCACCUUUCUUUAAUUUUUCCUUUCUCCUCUCUAUCUCACCAGGGCCACCACCAUUGCCCUCCUUCCUCUCCUCUCUCCUCUGUUUUUUUCACUUUCCCCUGCCUCUAAUGGCCGAAUGCCCACGCCAGAAAUUCAGCAGUAGAAACUUUCGUCGGUGCUUCUGGCCCAUCUGGCUCUCUCUCUCUCUCUCUCUCUCUCUCUCUCUCUCUCUCUCUCUCUCUCUCUCUCUCUCUCUCUCUCUGUUUUUUCUUUGGUCGGUGAACAACCCUACAAUGCCGAACUUCUGAUUUUUCUGUAAUGGAGUUCUUCUUAGAUUAUUGAUUUGCAUACUUAGCAAAAUGGGUUUCCUUUGGUUUCUCAAUUCUUGAAGGUUUGAUUUUGAAGCAGAAUAAUUGAACUAAGAUGGAAGGAGUGAGGCUUUGGGCUGGAGGCUUGAAAUGGUUGUUUAAGCAUUUGGGUUUCAAUCUUUAAGGCGCGCAGGGCUUAGAAGGGUUCUCAAGUUUUUUAUCAAAUCCCUUCGCGAGGCUGCUGAUUGAUUGAUUUUUUCAACUGAAGUUUGAUUGAUUGGCAAGUGGUAAUUGAGGCGUGACCAAAUUCCAAUCGGCGAUCUUGAAGGCUUAGAGCAGAUAUUGUGUAAGAAUUGGUGUUUUCGUGGAAGGGAAGGUGGGAUUACCGAAGGUUUGGGCCUUGGUGGAGAAUAUGAGGUGCUGGUUAAGGCUUAUGGAGGAAAAAAGAAGGCUUUGAGUUUGAUUCCUUGCCAGCCAAACAAAGCUUUAGCACUUCUGCUUUACUCUAUUGAAGGCUUGAGUGUGUGAACUUGGAAUUUUGCUGGUUUUCUUUAAUCGCACCAUUGGCAGUUUUUUCUUCCCGGCCUUAUCGAACUCAACAGAUUAGAUUUUCAGGUUUCGUGUGCCUAGCUGGUGAAGAACUUUCAUAUUGACAAAUCGUAGAUCAAGGAACCAUCCGUUCAUUAUGGCAAAAAAGUCACAGAGACGCCCUAUGCGAUAUGAAAAAGAUCACUCAGGUUGUAUGUCAGGUUUGAUUAGUAUUUUUGACUUCCGAAAUGGUCGAUCCACUCAAAAGCUGCUUUCUGACAAGAAACGUGGGAACAAGAAUGCUAUUGGUGCUCGACAUUCAAGUAGUAAAGUUGACCUGUUGACUGAUUUUGAUGAAAAGUAUCAAGGCACUGAUGAUCUUGAAGGGAUGACAGCAGUGACAGCUGGUGCUGGUGAACCACCAAGUGUGAAGAAACUCAUAGAAGAAGAGAUGUACAUUGAACAGGAUCCAAGGCAGCAGAUAAGCAAUGCUGUGGUAGAAGCGAAAAGAUCAAAUUCAGAAUGUGGAAGCCAUGUAAAAAAGAACCACAAAAGAACAAAAAAGAAAACGUGCAAUGUUCACACCCAUGGUUUGAAUGCAGCCGAAAACUCAGAAUCUGCAAACCCUGUUCACCAGAACCAAGAGAAACAAUUUACAAGUUAUCUCAAUAUAAAUGCUAUAGUGGAAGAGUUCUGCAGCCAGAUGCAUCAAACCAAUUUAAAUGGCUUGAAGCUUGACCAGCAUGAUGAACUUGACACACAAUCAAAGCAGCAGUUUUCUGUUUCUGAAGAAAAAUUGAGUGAGGCAACCAAGGUGUUUCUAAGUCAGAACUUUAUUAACGGUCCACAUCUGACAGAUGGGGAAGCCCACCCUUCCAAAGAAUUCCUGGAUGCACUUCAGACAUUAAAUUCAAAUAAGGAAUUGUUUCUGGAACUCUUACAAGAUCCAAACUCACUUUUGGUGAAACAUAUUCAAAGCUUGCUGGAUUCUCAGGAGCUAGAGAAAGACAAAAAAUCCAAGUUUCUGACAGGAUCAAACUUGUCAGAGCAGGAUCUCAGUAAUGCAAAACCAUCCGAGGAGCUUGUCGAACGUAAACAACAUAACUUUUUCAGGAGGAAGAACAAGUCUCAUGGCAGAAACCUUUUGGGAAAUGACAGUGCUCAAGUUUCAAAUAGAAUUGUCAUUUUGAAGCCUGGACCAGCUGCCUUGAAAAAUUCUGAAACUGAAACUGAACUAGCUUCCCCGCUACAAUCUCAUUAUAGUGUGGGAAAGAAGGAGCCUAGUGAGAGAGCUGCGUCCCACUUUUCCUUCACUGAAAUCAAAAGGAGGUUUAAAAAUGCUGUGGGAAAGGACCGCCGUGGAGUUCUUGCUGAUGAUGGUUUAAGUAAAUUUUCUCAUGAUCGUCAGAACUUAGGAGCUAGCAGAAACGGGAUAGGCAGUGAACUUUCUGGAAUGAAUUCUCCAAAUAGAAAUCAUUACUUCAUUGAAAGAAUCCCCAAGCCUUUUGGUGGCAUCAAGAAGGGAGGCAAAGGUGUGCCAAAAGACCCUGUGGAACAUGAAACUUCUAGUAAUCCUGAGCGAAGGGUAUCUAACAUAUACAUCGAAGCCAAGAAACAUCUUUCUGAGAUGGUGAACGAUGGGAAUGAAAAAGAGGGGUUCGCAAGCAGGCAGGAUCCAGAUAUGCUGGGGAGGAUUCUCUCUCUUCCUGACUACAAUUUUUCACCUGUUAGCAGUCCUAGGAGGGACCGGGAGCACAAAACUGCAAAAACUAGAUUCUCUGCAUAUGAGAAAUUUAGGAGGGUCAAUGAGAAUUCUCCGCAGUUCAAACAAGAAAAGGAUGACUGUUUGGGUCCAUCGACGCAAAACUUGAAAAUUCUGUCAAGCAUUCCUGAUGAUAACCCUGCUGAUAAAGUAGAAUCUCCGAUCUCAAGUCCAAAUAUCUCAGAUGAGCAUAUUCAUGAUACUAAAUCAGAAAGAACCUUGAGUUCUGGUAGAAAUGAGAUGAGUUUUGAAGUUAAUAGGGACAUUGUAAAAAUGACCAACUUGGCAUUCCAGGAAGAGAACAACGUUUUGCAUGUUUCUGCUGAGCCAAGUAGCUCUUGCAUGACUAGAAAUCAACAAAAUGAUGAUACGGCUGACAUUUGUGAUGAAAAAGGAUCUUCUGAAUCCUUGAAACUGGACUCAGAUGAAGAUAUUCAACCACCUUCUUCUCCAUUUGCAUCCCCAUCAAGAUCUUUAAUUAUUGAGAAGGAUGAACAUCUAGAAAGCUCCAUGGAUAAACCAGAGCGACCCAGUCCCAUAUCUGUUCUUGAACCAUUAUUUACCGAAGAUGACAUAAGCCCUGCAAGCACCAGAAACCAUCAUGUUGAACUGCCAGUGAAGCCACAGCAAAUUGAAUUUGAAGAACAUGACUCUUCAGCUUGUGAACAGGGUAUUCAUGUAAAAACUUGUAUGGAGGAAAAGGACUCCUUAUUUGAGUAUGUCAAAGCAGUGCUGCAGGCCUCUCGCCUGAACUGGGAUGAAUUUUUUAUGAGGUUGACUGCUCCAGACAUACUUCUUGACCCAUCACUUAUUCAUGAAGUAGAGUUGUUCCCCAAUCACCUUUGUUGUGACCAGAAGCUUCUAUUCGAUUGUAUUAAUGAAGUUCUUGUAGAGGUUUUUCAGUGGCACUUUGGUUUUGCUCCUUGGGUGUCAUUUGUAAAACCAAACAUUCGACCAAUCCCUAAUGCAAAAACCGUUAUCUUCGAGGUAUGGGAUGGAGUUAAGUGGCAUAUCCAUCCCCCACUGUCACCUCCCACUCUGGAUCAAAUUGUUGGAAAAGACAUGGCAAAAUCUGGAAUAUGGAUGGACAUUCGUUCUGAUGCUGAAACUAUUGGGGUGGAGAUGGGUGAAGCUAUUUUCAAUGAAUUAAUAGAGGACACCAUAUUGGGCUGUGUAAAGGAAAGGCCAGAGAGUGAGUCCCCUGCAUUUUCAGCUGAGUUAAUUGAGAAUGAGAACAGUACCAACUUGUAACUUACAGAACAUAAAAAUUCUUUCUUGCCCAUAUUGAUCCACCUUGAGUUGGUAUGGAAGAAAAGCAACAAAGUCAUCCCUUACGUGUCAGGAGAAUGGCGCAACAUCUUGGUGUGGAACACCUUUGGCUUGCUCUAUGAUCUUUGCUUGGACAGUGCAAUAUUAUGGUUGUUUCUAAUUUUGCCUGUUGAAUCAUUUACACGUGAUAAAAUUUGCAAUCCAUUUGACAUCAGGUUUGGGAGCUCUCAUGGGCACAGGCCAUCAAAUAAAGGAUCCUCAUUACAUGAGCAGGAUUAAGAAAAUUCUUCGCUUCUUGCGUUUGAAAUGCAGUGAAGAUGCUGAUUUUUCAAAGUACUUAAUUGGUCCUGACUUCUGUGGAUUUAACCAGGCGGAUCUUUUCUUCUCAUCAUUGUAGAAUUUGUAGAGUGUUGUGUUCAUUGUGAUGUAGUUGAGUGCUGUACCUAAUUGCCUCACCCCCCCCCCCCCCUCCUUUCCAUUCCAUUCAUUUAACAUGUUACCUGUCUUAUAAGAUUUGCUUCUGUAUUUACAAAAAGUUGAAGUAUGCAAGUUGUGUCAGCUAGUUGUAAUACAAAAAAGAAAAAUAAUGGAAGUUCACACUGCAAUGCGGUAUGCAAUGGAUAAGUUUUCAUUA